AUGUCAAUAGACCUCAACUGGGAGACGCUCACAACGGGCCCCGACGGGGAGGCCCUGGCCCUCCGCAUCCGCGACUUCAUCCACACCAAGUUCCAGGCCGUACCAUUGCCGCGCUUCAUCAAGUCGGUCAAAGUACACGACUUUGAAUUCGGCGCCAUCGCCCCGGAGCUGGAGCUCAAGGAUAUCACCGACCCCUUGCCAGAUUUUUAUGAGGACAACCCGGAAAUUGAGGAUGACGAGGAGGAGGAGAAGGCCCUCGAUGACCCGCCGCAGCUGCAGCACUUCCCCAAGAGCGAGCUGAGCGCUGGCGAGAGGAGGAGGCAGCGCGAGGGGGCGUCUAUGCCGCCAAGGCUCAGCAUGCACGCACUCAGGGGCCAGUCCGGAGACUUCCCAAGCCCGUUCCUGGGCGUCUCAACGCCGGGGAUCUUGGGCGGCACGUCCAACUUGCACUAUUUCCAAUCGCACUUGGGGAACGGGUGGUCGGGGACGCAGACGCCUCUCGCGGCGGUGGCCGGCGCGCACAUGGGCAGCAGGCUUGACUCGUCGGCCACCCGGUCACCCGUGGGUUCGCCUCGGAUGGGCCACAGCCGCAACCCCUCGCAGAGCUCCAUCUCUGUGAGCGACUUCAACCCGACGCUGGCGCAGCUGCGCGAGAAGUCGAGCGUGUCGACACUGGCGCCGACCUCGGCGGGAGCCUCGAGGCCGCCGACGCGGGAUGCGCACCUGGCCGGGUCGGCGAUCCAGGAGGAGGACGAGGAGGGGCCGGAGCAAGGCGGGGAAGGGGACGAGCCGCGGUUCAGGGAGCCGAGGCCAGAGGACUUGCAGGCCGUGUUUCGGAUCCGGUACGCAGGCGAUGUGAGGCUGCGGCUGACGGCGGAGAUUCUGCUGGACUAUCCGAUGCCGAGCUUCGUGGGGAUUCCCGUGCAGCUGAGCGUCACUGGGCUGACCUUUGACGGGGUCGGGGUGAUGGCGCACAUCCGCAAGAGAGUGCACUUCUGCUUUCUGAGCCCCGAGGACGCCGUCACGGCGGUGGGCGCGGAUGACGCGGGCCCCAGCGAGCCCGGAAAGAGGUUUGGCGGGCUGCUGCAGGAGAUCCAGGUGGAAAGCGAGAUCGGGCUCCGCGACGGCGGGAAGCAGAGCCUGAAGAACGUGGGCAAGGUGGAGAGGUUCGUGCUGGAGCAGGUGAGGAGGAUAUUCGAGAACGAGUUUGUGUAUCCCAGCUUCUGGACGUUCUUGGUCUGA